UUUAAUUUUAUUUAUUGACAUAUAAUAAAGCCACAGCACAUAAAAAAGAUAAUAAAGAGAAGAUUUAAAUUAGUUCAUAAUCAUUUAAUAUAUAAAAACAGAUAAAAUGAGGAGUACCUAUGUAUAUGUAAAAACACGUGCUUCUUAUGGAAAGCAAUGUAUUUUUAAUAUGAAGGAAACAUAUUUCGAUGAAGUAAUUUUACCAAAUUCUUUGUUAAAUGAACAAUUUGUUUUUCAAAAUUCUUGUCACAAAAAAAUACAAAUCUCAAAAAAAGUAGCUCAUCAUGAGAUUCAGACAAUAGGAAAGUCAUUUAGAAGUAUAGGAAUACAUCAUUUUGAGGGCGGAUGGCCGAAAGAAAUUGAUCCUAUGGAUGAAGAAGCAAAGGCAAGAUAUCGAAGACGAGUUGAGAAAGAAGAAAAUUGGUAUUCUAAAUUAAGUAAUUUGUUUAAGGUUAUUGAAAAUGCGAUUCUCCAGAACAACUCUACUAAUAUUUAUGGCCAUUACUUUAAAGAUGUACUACCCUCAGCAUCAAAAGGAUUUCAAUCACCGAUGUAAACCCUAAAUGGAAGAUAAUAAUAUGGUCUAUUUUUGUUACUGAUAAAUUUUUACAUAAAUGUGAUUGUCAUUGAUAUCUGAAACCAUAUCGGUAAAAAUCUAACCUACAAAAAGCAUAUACAAUUUGAAAUUUGUUGCGCAUAUUUUAA